AUGAUGGCGUAUCUGGGCUCGUACCAAGGUCUGUUUGAGGCGCGGCCUCGCGAAGAUGGCAAGAUCACUCUAACGGGGUGGCAGGCCUGGUUUCUGUGGCGCAGUGCCGCUGGAUUGGCUUAA